UAUGGGUACUCUAUGGGUGCUCAUAGGCAGAACUCCUCCAUACUGUUAAAAUGCCCUCAAUCAUUUCUUUCAUUGUGCGUCGUGCUGGCUGUGAAUUGGUGGCUUGAGGGUUAAGAAUAGCUGAUCUACAUGGUGGUGGUGAAUGAAGUGUCGGUUUUCAGCGCAAACUCCUCCUCUUCGGACGGGCUGCGCUUUUUCUUCCACUUGAACAACCAAGUAGUUUUUCAGGGCGCAUUCCCCGGCAGCAAUGUGGAGGGAAAGGGCGACCACGUCCAGCUGAAAAACAAAGAAAUUCCUACUUUGCACCGGGUUUUUAUUCCUCUUUUACAGUUUAGGAGAAUUCUGUUUUAAACUUCUUGAAGGGGGGGGAGAAGCCAGCGAGUCAGAAGUGGAGAAAACUGCAGCCUGCUCGUCUCGUGUUAUUUUUCUUUCCUUUUUUUUUUUUUACUCGAGCCAUUGUUUUGUUAACGCAUGGAUAUUUGGAGAUGAAAUCGGACGUGUUUCUUUCCCUUUGAGUAACCUCUUGUGUCGCUUUGGACUUGUAGUUUAUGUGGUCCCCGGGAUCUGCUGUAAGAGGAGGAGAGAGUCCCAUUCCUCAGCAGCACAACAAGGAGAGAGACACGCAGGGGCCACAAGUUGUCCACAAGCUGCGAAGGAGACGAAACUUUGCCAAGUUGCUGCACAUCCGGCCGCCGACGCCAAACGCUCAUCGAUAUUUUCUAUCGGCGCCCCCCGUCGCAACUUUAACCGUGGAUUACUGUCGCUGCGAGGCUCGUCAUGGACCGCGGGACCACGUUCAGGGGAUGAAAAGGGAGUUUUGAAACAUGAACAGUUUCUUGUAGUUGGUUAACAACUCCAAGUGUCUCGUUUGGACUACACCGAUCUGAUUAAAAAAACAACAAAAAACCCCAAUUGUUGUUGCGACUGUUUUUCCCUCCUCCAUUUCGAAUAAUACAUCCAACUUCUCUGCCAAAAUGCCACAGCUGAACGGAGGCGGUGGGGACGAUUUGGGUGCCAAUGAUGAAAUGAUAUCGUUUAAAGACGAAGGAGAGCAGGAGGAAAAGAUAUCUGAGAAUGUGUCCGCGGAAAGGGAUUUGGAUGAUGUGAAAUCCUCCUUAGUGAACGAGUCGGAAAACAACAGCAGCUCCUCAGACUCAGAGCAAGCAGAGAGGCGCCCCCAAACCAGACCCGACUCAGAAAGUUAUGAGAAAACAAGAGACUACUUCAGUGAAGCACUGAGAAGGCAGCAAGAUGGUGGCUUUUUUAAGAGCCCUCACUAUCCUGGCUACCCGUUUCUCAUGAUCCCAGACCUCACCAAUCCCUACCUAUCCAACGGUUCACUGUCCCCCAGUGCGAGAACAUACCUGCAGAUGAAAUGGCCUCUUUUGGAUGUUCCUGGAUCUGCAGGACUAAAAGACUCCCGCUCUCCAACACCAGGGCAUUUAUCCAAUAAAGUCCCAGUGGUGCAGCACGCCCACCACGUCCACCCACUGACGCCCCUCAUCACCUACAGCAAUGAACACUUCUCCCCCGGCACGCCACCGUCACACCUCUCCCCGGAGAUCCUCGACCCAAAGACAGGUAUUCCCCGGACACCUCACCCAUCAGAGCUCUCCCCAUAUUACCCCCUGUCUCCUGGUGCUGUCGGUUCCAUUGCACACCCUCUGGGCUGGCUCAUGCCACAGCAGGGCCAGCACAUGUACUCCAUCCCUCCAGGGGGAUUCCGUCACCCCUAUCCAGCGCUAGCAAUGAAUGCAUCUAUGUCCAGCUUGGUGUCCAGCCGUUUCUCUCCUCACAUGGUGACUCCACCUCCGCACAGCCUCCACCAGACUGGCAUUCCCCACCCCGCCAUCGUCUCCCCAGCCAUCAAGCAGGAGCCCAGCGGUGACAACAUCAGCCCCUCAAUGCAUGCCAGGAAAUCCCCUGUUCCUCCCAAGAAAGAAGAGGACAAGAAGCCUCAUAUCAAGAAGCCGCUGAAUGCUUUCAUGCUGUAUAUGAAGGAGAUGAGAGCCAAAGUAGUGGCAGAGUGCACUCUGAAAGAGAGCGCAGCCAUCAACCAGAUCCUUGGAAGACGGUGGCAUUCCCUGUCAAGAGAGGAACAAGCCAAAUACUAUGAGCUGGCCAGAAAAGAGAGGCAACUUCACUCCCAGCUCUAUCCAGGAUGGUCAGCACGAGAUAACUACGGAAAGAGGAAAAAGAGGAAGAGAGAGAAUAAACCAGACUCAAAACCAGAAGACUUCUCGAUAAGAAGCAAGAAGCAGUGCGUGCAGUACCUGCCCUCGGAGAAGAUGUGCGACAGCCCCGCGUCGUCCCACGGCAGCAUGUUGGACUCGCCCGCCACUCCCUCCGCAGCCCUGGCCUCCCCGGCCGCCCCUGCCGCCACUCACUCCGAGCAGGCCCAGCCGCUAUCACUCACCACCAAACCGGAGGGACGCAUGCACCACCACUUCUCCCUACCUGGGAAGGCUUCCGGAUCCACAUCCUCCUCUUCCUCCUCCUCUUCUUCUUCUUCCUCCUCAUCCCAACCUACCAUCUCAAUCCCAAUUGGUACUUCAGGUAGCCAUUCAACCACACCCAUCCUCACCCGGCCAAUCCCCUUCACCUCUCUGCACCCCCCCAUGCUCUCCCCUCCCUCCCCUUUCCAUCAGGCAGCCCUUCACUCCCAUCAUGCCCUGUUCCAGUCGCAGCCCCUGUCCUUGGUUACCAAACCGACUGAAUGAAUCGGCAAAGGCAAAUUUUCUCCCAUUUAUUGUGCUGUAUAUUGCUUCUCUUUGAAAUAGGUAUUAGAACAACAACUUUUUUUCUAAAUGAUGAAAAGGAUGAAAUAUUAUUGGUCAAUAUUUGACUGUCUCCUUUUCUACAUCUCUCAAUGAAACAAACUGUAUUUUUUGUAAAGUUUACUGCAGAACUGGUUUCUUUUUGAUGCAUUUAUCCAAUGAACCUCUUGUAUAAAUGAACCAAUGUACAUACAAGUUUCUUUAUAAAAACAAAAAGGAACAAAAACAUGUUUUCUUUUUAGCCAAAACCUGAUUAAUGUUAGUAUUAAGUUUAAGUCAUAGUACUGGCCAAUAAUUGCAGCCCCCUUUUCAAUUCACGAGUGUGUGCCCCUUCUUUGACAUGUUAAAUAAACAUUUGAAAUUGUUUCUUAACCAAAA